AUGGAAAACAGCAGACAAAGCAGCCCUGGCACAGGGAAGCUGCCAGAGAGGCCAAGUCACGGGGACACUGUUGGGGCUGGAAACCAAAAGCCACUGGGCUCUGCAAACCCACUAGGCACAGCAGAGGCAGAGCGGUGAUGAGCACAGGGCGAGUGGUGGUGGACGCGCCCGCGGGGGCCAGCUCCAGCAUGCCGCUCCAGAGGCACAAGGCGUCCUCCAGGGGAGCACAGUCAUCGGCCUCCCUGGAUAGCGUCCCAGCCUCCAGGACUAUUGCCGUGGGUGGUCUUGCCCGAACACCCAGGGUCUAUGUAGGGAUGACACCCAGUGGGUGCACAGGUGGCCUGGGUGCCCGCGUGACCCGCCGGGCCCUGGGCAUCAGCAGCGUCUUCCUGCAGGGCCUGCGGAGCUCAGGCCUGGCUACGGCACCCACUCCAGGCCUGGAGAGGGACCUCAGUGCCGUCGAGGACCUGGGGGGUUGCCUGGUGGAAUACAUGGCCAAGGUGCACGCCCUCGAGAAAGUCAGCCAGGAGCUGGAGGCACAGCUGCGGAUGCACCUGGACAGCAAGGCCACACGCUCAGAGAGCUGCAGUGCCCUCCGGGCCUCAUGGACCAGCAGCUGCCAGCAGGUGGGCGAGGCAGUCCUGGAAAACGCACGGCUCAUGCUGCAGACGGAGAAUAUCCAGGCGGGCGCGGACGACUUUAAGGAGAGAUAUGAAAAUGAGCAGCCGUUUCGAAAGGCGGCAGAAGAGGAAAUUAACUCUCUGUAUAAAGUCAUCGAUGAAGCGAAUUCGACAAAAAAGGAUCUGGAGAGUCAAAUAGAAAGCCUGAAAGAAGAACUUGGCUUUCUGUCAAGGAGCUAUGAAGAGGAUGUGAAAAUGCUAUACAAACAGCUGGCAGGGUCUGAGCUGGAACAAUUGGAUGUUCCCAUUGGCACUGGGCUGGAUGACAUCCUUGAGACGAUCAGAAUUCACUGGGAGAGAGAUGUCGAAAAGAAGCGGGCGGAAGCGGGGGCCUUGCUCCAAGCUAAGCAACAGACGGAGGUGGCCCGCAGGGCCCAGACCCACGAAGAGAAGCUGGCUGCUGCCCUCAGGGUGGAGGUGCACAACACUUCCUGCCAAAUCCAGAGCCUGCAGGCUGAGACGGAAUCCUUACGGGCGCUGAAACGAGGCCUGGAGAACGCCUUGCACGACGCCAGGCACUGGCACGACAUCGAGCUGCAGAACCUGGGCGCCGUGGUCAGCAGGCUGGAGGCGGAGCUCAGGGAGAUGCGCACGGAGGCAGAGCAGCAGCUGCAGGCCCGCGAGCACCUGCUGGCGCACAAGUGCCAGAUGCAGCGGGACGUGGCGUCCUACCAUGCGCUGCUGGACCGCGAGGAGAGCGGCUAAUGGAGAAACACCCUCUUUUCAUGAAGAAAAUGCUGCCUUCCUCACCGAGUGAGCAACGAAGUUCCUUGAGGAGUCCCCACCCCCUCACAACCCCGACCCCGCAUCUUCCCUCACCCUCCCCACCCCCAUCCCAAGCUGGAUUCCCUGCUGGAUUCCCCACUUGGCUCAGCUUGAGGUGACAAGCUUCCUGGAAGUGGAGAGUGUCCUGCUGCCUGAAUUCAAAUAGUCUGUAGCUUGAGCAACCUCCCUUGCCCCUCUCCAAAUAAAUGCUUCAUGUGUGGCUUCCA